AUGGCGGAGGGUCGUAAGAGAAAGACCGUGUUCGAGGUUUAUCAGAACAAGAGGAAAGCUUCAGAAGAAAGGAACAAAACCAGAGUGUUUCUGGGAGAUUCUUUCACUCGGUGGAGGGCGCUGAAGGCUCAGGCCGGACUUCCCACGGACGCUGCUGUCGCCAAGUUUCUCCUGGACCGGGUUGUCCCUGAUUUCAUCACUGUGCGAGUGAAGGAAGAGCCCUUUGAUCCAACGGAAGAGCCCUUUGAUCCAUCAGACGAGCCCUUUGAGCCAAAACAAGAGCCUUUGGAGCCAAAAGCAGAGGAGCCACAGGGAGACGCAGACUCCUCUGCCUCUAAUGAAGACUGGAGAUCUGUCGUGAGGAGUGAUGAAGACCGUGGGGAGUCGCACCAGUUGUCUUCAGUGGUGUUGGUUCAACGCAUCAGCUCUCGGGAAGAAGGAUCGAAGCUUCACUUUGAGACUGAGGACGUUCCUGGGAUAUUGUAA